UCUCGUCAGUCGCGUGCGUACCGUUGUCGAGUGUGGAUCUACUACGUUCUUCUAUAUUUAUUCUGCGAUCAACUGCUUGGAGGGACAAUAACGAAACCUCCUGUCUCUCGAUGAUCCAAUAUAACGACAGACAUGAUGUCGUUUCGGGCAUAUGCCUCUACAAUUAUCCCAACAUCCCAUCUGUGCCACAUGAUUGGUUGACUUGGUUAAAAACGAUUUAUAGGAUCCCUACUGUCACGGAAAGAAAUACAAUGUUUGUACACUUGCUGGUGUGGAAUGAGCGUUAUUUGGAUGAAUUUCUGAAGGAGCUAUUGGCCGCGAUCUUUGACAUUACUACCUUUUGCCAACACGUGAUUCUGGUGGUACCUCCUCGAGUUACGCUAGCGAGCAUUUUCGAGCGAGAGAUGACUAAAGUGUCGGCUAAGAAUAACGCGCGAAAUGAUGCGAUGCAAUUUUUAUAUUUGAGCAAUCGACAACAAUUACGUCCCAAACUGAAGAUACGGAAGGUCGUCGAGGAAGAUUACGAUGACAUAUCAACGAUUAUUGGUGGUGAAGAUAUAUACUUGAGGGAGCUCUAUGGUGAUUAUUACACCAGCCAGAUGGUUCGUUAUCCGGACGGCUGUCGCCAAUUGAUCAUCGGCGAAGACGCCGAUGGUUCGAUGGCAGGUGUUAUGUGUCUCAACUCCGUAAUCGAUAUUAAUCUGUUGACUGAAAAUUUCGAAUUGACUCCGUAUAACGGUUUAAGAAAAUCGGACAAAAACGAUAAACCGCCAACUGAUGUCGCAGCGACCGAUUCAAACGAGUUUCUUCGAUCUUCUGUACCUUUGUCAGAAUCGCAAGAUGAUCGGCAGCAGCGAUUCGAUCCGAGUUUAAAUGACGACAGAUCAGAAAUCAAACUAACUCAAGAUAAAAAAAAUUCCGAAGAAAAAGAGAGCCAUAACUUUGAAGAAUCGAAUGAAGGAGACGGAAAAGAAAUUUCUCUCAUAGAGAGCCAUAACUUUGAAGGAUCGAAUGAAGGAGACGGAAAAGAAAUUUUUCUCAUAGAGAGCCAUAACUUUGAAGGAUCGAAUGAAGGAGACGGAAAAGAAAUUUCUCUCAUAGAGAGCCAUAAUUUUGAAGGAUCGAAUGAAGGAGAUGGAAAAGAAAUUUCUCUCAUAGAGAACCAUAACUUUGAAGGAUCGAAUGAAGAAGACGAAAAAGAAAUUUUUCUCGUAGAGAACCAUAACUUCGAAGGAUCGAAUGAAGAAGACGAAAAAGAAAUUUCUCUCGUAGAGAGCUACAAUUUCGAAGGAUCGAAUGAAGGAGACGGAAAAGAAAUUUGUCUCGUAGACAGCAGCAUGUCGCAAAUGCAAGUCAUCCACGAUACUCUGCCGACGUAUCACGGUGAAAUGAAUGCCUUCGUUUUGGAAAUUCUCGCCAUGCGUGAUGACAUGAGGCCUCAUUGGUCCUAUGAUUUUUUGCAAGCUGCUUUUGAGUGUUUCUCGCAUUUAGAGUACUGCGCGAUUAUCCUUCCUUUUUCACAUCCGUACCAACAGUUUCUUCAAUACUUCACGCGCGUCCCAUUGAGAUUUAAUAAAGAUUUUCCUCUGGCGUUAUACAUCGUACAUCGAGCGCUUCUUCGCGAAGAGAUAAAGUAUCGUCGCGCCCAAGUACAAGAUCGAAAAUCUAUCCAGAAACUUUUAUUCGCUAUACCAAACCAUGACGAGGUCCUAGCCGAUUUUGAUUUCGCGAUGAAUCCUUCGCAGCUCGAUACAGAUUGUUUCAUCUUCGAGUGCAACGAUACAAUAAUCGGACUCGCUUUACUACGUACCGAGAAGCAGAUGAAUUUUAUUAAAAAAUAUUUUCAUAUAGAAGAUUACGUGUCUAUGCGGAGUAUUCCUCGAGAUAAUUACGGACGCCUCUUGCAUUUUGUUCUCAUGCCGAUUUUCUCCGCUUACCAUCGCUUCUUUUUCCGUGAGAUCGCUCGUUUAAGCGAGUUAACGGUAAUCUUCUAUCGGCUUCAUCACGAAGAUGAAUGUGCACUGGUGCACGAAACGGUGAUGAACGCUAUUUUACAAGAUGAGACUCAAGUUUUGUGCGAAUGGACCAUGAUCGAUUGGGUGCUGAUAAAAGACGACAAGGGGAAGUUGAUGAUUGAAAGCAUCACGAUCGAGAAAGAGGGCGAAGUAAAAAAUCUGGUCUGCGAUGCUCUUUUUAACUUCUACGAGAAGACAAUUAAUUUUAACUCAUUUUUAGCAUUUUCUCGUGCCGGUCUCGUUUUCGACGGUUUAUUAAUCAUAAAUCUCGAAUGUCGCACCAACGAUCCGUUUAUUUUCGCCGCAGGUACCAUGACGAAAUAUUCCAAAAGGUUUUACUCCGAAUCACGGCGACACCAGUAUUAUAAUAGUGUAGAAAUCGGGGAGAGACUCGCCGAAAUUUUACGAAGAGUGAUCGAUAUUCAUCGGCAGGGCGAGCAGAAAAAGGAAAAGAUGCAUUUGACACUUCCGAUAUUUCGUAAACCCAUCGUAAUUGCGUGCAUCUUGCCAGGUGGUUAUUAUUAUUUGCACGUGCAUAAGCCCGGAAAGAAAACGUGGGACGAGAUGACGAAUGAAGAUGGCGAAGCGCUUAUAACUGGCUCUUGCACAUCCGAAAUUGGGUACUUCCGUAUUGGAUUAAACGCGUACGACUCGGUGGAAACUGUAACGUGCUUUAAUAGAAAGAUAUUUCAAGUUCAGAAUAUGAUCGCUCUAUACGGGAAACACGAGAGUAUGUUGAACGAGUUAAAAUUUCGUUUUCAAAAUUCGUAUAUUUCGGAUUUUUUCGCAUACUUUUGCGAACCUUGGGCUGUAGCGAUUUUUCACGAUAAAUUUGAAUGCCUGCGAGUCGAAAAUCGAGCUACUUUGCUGUCGCAGAUGGAUUUUUACGGCGAUUCCUUGAUCGAUGAUUGCAUGAACGCUUUAAUCAGAUCCGAAUGGAAAGCGAUAUCUGAAAAAGAUCGACGUCACAUCGAAUACAAAUACGCUGGCUCGAUUUAUCAUCAAGAACUCGAAGACAAUCUUAUGAAUUUCCUGGAAUUUUGCGAAGAUGAUUUACCGAUGUAUUGUACACCAAAUAGACAACGUCAAAUGUACACGGACGUCAAAAAGAGUCCAUUAUAUUUCGAGCAAUAGACCACAUAACACAACAUUUUUAUAAAUUUUCAGAAAGCUAUUCGAAAAUAUGGUCGAAAAAUGUAUUAUUCAAUUAUUAUUCAAAUAUUUUAUGUUUUAAUAAAAUAAAUUUGACAUUUGUCAUAAAAUUUAAUCGCCAUAUAAAAAAUAAAAAGAAUGAAAAUGAAAAUAAAAAUGAAAAGAAAUCGAUUAAAGUAGCACCUAUGUAAAUGUUCACUCGAUAUCUCUUACUUGCAUAUGCGAAGGUUGCAUAUCAACUAUCGACACGCGAUGAUGAUUGACGAUAGGCUGGGAGGUGCUCACGCCUCAUUUCUGCACGCAAACAAGAUUUCUGAAUCAAGAUAAAAGCCUCUGCGAUCGCAAAAGUCAUCCUCUCGAUAAAUGAGUCCGCGUCUACUUACUUGGUAUGCGAUUCGAUCUGUGUAGGUCAAGUUUAACAUUCCGUCAAGUUGUUCCGUAACUGGCGCGGCGUCUCUCAAGGCAUUCGUAAUGUCACAUCACCUACGCAUUACCAUAUGUAUUAUACGCCGCGGGAUGUUUUAGGAAGGUCGUUAUAGAAACGCGGCAACUGGUCCAAGCGAAGCGAUAUAGAUAACAUUUUAAUACAUACAUUAAUAAUUUUUCCUUUUUGCUCUCUCUCUCUCUCUCUCUCUCUCUCUCUUUCUCGAAGAGACAAAAGUGAAAAAAAAUGUUUAAAAUAAAAAAAAAAUUCGAGUGUAUUAAAGUUUUUUUUUUCUAUUUUCUUGUCGUCUUCAUACUUUGUAGAAUCUUGAUUUAUUCAAAGAAAAUACAUUUGCUCUGAUCUAUUUGCAAUUUUAAUUUGUUUUUUUUUUUUCUUCUACGCCUUUUUAUUAGAUUUCGUCAGACUCUUUUGUGUCUCUUUCGUAAGUAUGUCGCCACGUUUUUGAAACAUAUCCAAAAUCUCGUAGAGACCCUGAAAUAUGUUGGGUCAAUGUCGUGCUAUUCUUACCGCUGGCUUGUUUACUGUAAGUUUCUAACGUGGCCGCUAAAAAUUUUCUACGAUUUAUCACUAAAAAUGAAUAUUUUUUUCUUAGUCAUAGAUAUUAAAAUAAAUAUAUUAAAAUAAAUAGCUCAAUGCCUAUGCAAAGAAAUAAAAUUUAAAUCUAUUAAAAAAAAAAAAAAAUACGCGAAUUUCUGGGAUAUUAUAUAGCAUGCGAACUUGUGUAUCGAUUACUUAUACAAAUACCAGUUUUACUGUAACAGAAAAGUCAUUAUGUAAGAAGAGCUAAUCUGAUAGCACAGAUACAUUUUACGAGACUACACGUUUGUCACUCUAAAUAAGAUAUUCUUUAAUUCCAAUUAGUACGUUUCGGUUCUUUUUUUGGAUUAUCUUCAGCAUUAUUGAAUAAUUAAACAUUUAAAAAAAAUGUCAUAAAAAAAAAUAAAAGAUUACGCAUUGGAUAAUUAAAGAAAAAAAAAUCUUGUUUUAAAGCAAUUGAUUUAUAUCUUGUUUGG